AGCCCUCUUGUCCCCAAGUGUAUGACAGAAACUAGGUGGGGAAUGGCUUCACCAAUCAGGAGAAGAGAGAGAGAAGUCGGCCUGUCAUAGUUGUGGUAGAAUUUGGCGCUCCAUGUGCUGUGUGGGAGAAGAGCUGUGAUUCCACAACAUGGAGAACGUCAAAGCCAAGUUCGUGUCACAGAAGAUCAGUAAGACCCGCUGGCGCCCGGAGCCGGCCUCCUCUCUGCAGCAGCCGGACCUGUUCGCUGCGGGCUCCUGGGACAAUGAGGAAAACAAAGUGUCCAUAUGGUCCACUGGAGAGUUUGGAACAAUUACUAUGGAUGAAGAUUACGAAACCGAUAUAAAAUUGUUGUGUGAGAUCAGACACAAAGGCGAUGUAACAGACCUGCAGUUUUUAGAUCAAGAAAGAAUUGUGACGGCAUCAUCGACUGGAAAAGUAACAAUCUUUCGUCACCAUCAGACGAAUGAGACAUUAUCAGAAAAACAGAAGUGGGAGCAUGCUCAUCAAAAUGUUAACUCAAAUGGCACAGGAGCACCGUGCACUGGUAUUGUUUGCAACAGUCCAGAAAUUGUCUCUGUUGGAGAAGAUGGCCGAAUAAAUGUUUUCAGAGCUGACAGCAAAGACAUAGUAAGGACAAUAGAUGAUGCAGACAGCAGUACAAUGCAUGCAGUAACAUUUCUUCGUACCACUGAGAUUUUGACUGUCAAUUCCAUUGGACAGCUGAAGAUGUGGGACCUUAGACAACAGGGCAAUGACCCUACACAAAUAUUCUCUGUAGCUAAUGAGAGGGUCCCUUUACACUGCUUGGACAGGCAUCCAAGUCAACAGCAUGUUGUAGCAACAGGCGGUCAAGAUGGAAUGCUAUGUAUUUGGGAUGUUAGACAGAGCAAAAUUCCAGUAUCCUUGCUCAGCGCUCACAAUGCAGAAAUGUGGGAGGUUCAUUUUCACCCUUCAAAACCGGAUCAUAUAUUCACAUGUUCUGAAGAUGGUUCCCUUUGGCAUUGGGAUGCAUCAGCUGACGCUGCAGACCGACCUUCUUUUCUUCUUGGAGGAAGAGGAACUUCACAUUUGUCCCGUAGCACUUUAGGACAGUCUGUUAGCCAGUCAUUAAUGACACCUUGGCUCAGCAGUGAUCCCACAAAAGGACGUCUAGAAAUUAUCAAUGUAAUGCCCUCUUACACACUAUCUGUGAACAGCCUGGAUGUUUUAGGCGAAUACCUUGUAUGUGGCACUGAUUCAGAGUCCAUCUAUGUUUCCAAAAACCUUUUCACAUAGAUUUUUGAACAAGAGUGGAUUGGGAUGUGGCAAGGCCUUUUUCCUUUUGAUUUUGUAUUUUGCUAGAAGAUUAAACAUUUUAUAAUGAUUGUCUAAUCUGCAAAUCAUUUGUUUUUAGUGAUGCCAUACUCAAAAGAAGAUUCCCAUGUAUCCUUGGGAUAAUAAGGAUAUGCGGAUGCAAGUGGUGUUCCUUCAAACAAAUGUAGUAAAACGAUGUUUGUGUUUU